AUAACACAUAUCCGCCAUUAUUAUUGUUGUUUUCAAGAAGUCGACUACGUAAACAGAUAUUGCGGAGGAAAAUCAGUAAAAAUGUCAUCCCCCAGCCCAGGAAAGCGGAGGAUGGAUACAGAUGUUGUAAAACUAAUAGAAAGUAAACAUGAGGUGACGAUCCUUGGAGGACUCAACGAGUUCAUCGUCAAAUUCCACGGACCACAGGGAACUCCAUAUGAAGGAGGAGUGUGGAAAGUCCGCGUAGAUCUGCCAGAGAAGUAUCCAUUCAAGUCGCCCUCUAUAGGUUUUAUGAAUAGAAUAUACCACCCUAACAUAGAUGAAGUAUCCGGUACAGUUUGCUUAGAUGUGAUCAACCAAGCCUGGACGGCUAUAUAUGAUCUGGCCAACAUCUUUGAGGCUUUCUUGCCACAGCUCCUGACCUACCCUAAUCCCAUCGACCCACUGAAUGGAGACGCAGCCGCCAUGUAUCUCCACAAACCAGAGGACUACAAAAAGAAAGUCCUAGAGUAUGUGAAGAAAUACGCCACGGAGGAAGCCCUGCGGGAGCAUGACGAACAGCAAUCAUCGUCCAGUGAGUCCAGUAUGAGUGACUUUUCGGAGGAUGAAGCUCAGGACAUGGAGCUAUAACCUCUGGCUUGUGUUGUGUACAUUUACCUCCCUCUCCUACCCAGCACUGCUCAUCUUUACUCUUACCGACAAAGAUAUUGUGAAUCUCUCAAUCAUUUUAACAUUCAUGAUUUUCUUUCUUCCUGUUCAGUUUCUUUGUACAUUUGUACAUGUACCAUUUUUAUUGUUUUGAAUUUGUAUUGGGUUUAUUUUAUUUGUAUUAUAAUUCUAUUUGUUUCAUGCCAUGUGACAAAGAUAAAUCUUGAAAUGCCAUGUUUUCAUUAUCAGAAAUGGUCAUUUUUGUAUUUAUGGUGUUUUUAAGAAUUUGGAUUAGAUAGUGUAAUAUUUGAAAUUACAAACAUUUAAAAAAAUUGUACUUAUACAAGGUAUGUAAAAAUUAUGUUGGAGCUGUUUGUCAAGUUUUACAUUCACAGAAUCUUUUCCCAUGGUAUCAAUGUAUAUUUUUUGUUAAGAUAUUUGAGCAGUGCUGUGGAUACGGAAUUUUUCCUUCAUUUAAGGGGUCGUUUCUUUGGAGAAAACUAAUCAUGUAUCUAAUGUUUCUCUCAUUAUGAGAAAGCAGAUAUCAAUUAAUUAGAUGGAUUUCUCUUGCAACUAGUUGAUUUUCUUUGUGUGAAAGUAAGUUUGGUUCUGGAAAUUAUGAAUGGAAGUGGAUGAUAAAUGAAUGUGCAUUUGUUCAAUAGUUCAACAUUUAUUGUUUAUUGAAGAAACAUGUAUGUUAGAUUAUAUUGUGUGCUCUUUGUUUUGUUGCAAAACUGUAUUUGAGAAUCAUUUAAGCAAAAUAUCUCUAGUUUGUCCACUUACUGGUAUUUUUCGUCAUAAGUGACCAGGAUAAAAUAUUUUUGAAUUUCAUGCAUGAAGUAUACCUUGAUAAAAUCUAUUUUUAGAACUGAAAUUAUAAUGAGAUUGACGCCCAUUGUCAUAGGAUAGUUGCUCUAAAGAUUCUCUUUUGAUAAAGGACCACAGUAGUGUGAUGUUCAGUAAGGUUCUUCCCGAAGAUGACCCCUAUCUACCAUUGUUAACAUUUAUCACAGUGUGAAAGAUGUGUGAUCAGUUUUGAGUGCUGUUUUCCCCUGAGAAUUUGCUUUUCUUGUUUUUAAAAACUUUUAUUGUUUUAUUUGUGGCUACACAUGCAUGUAAACUUCCUGUGUGCUCUGUAUAUAAAAUAUGGCAAUCUUUUAAUUUGAUUGUAAAUUGUGUGGUAACAAUGAAAAUGUUUCUUUUUUGGACAGUAAGCUUAAGCUUGUGUCCUGUACAAUUGGUAUAUUUUGGUUUCCUUGCAGCAGGUAGCUUAUUGCCGUAGCCAUUGCGUUGUUAUGUUUUAAUUGUGAUAGUUGAUGAAGCGCCAUCUGAUGGGUUCACUAAACACAAGUCCUUGUAUCAUGUAUCUCUGCAGUUAUUUUAUUUUGAAAAUGUUAUUGUAUUUAAGUAAAUUCUUUUUCUUUGGAUAAAACAAAAUAUUUUGGAUUUUGCUGACAAAAAAUUAAGAGUUUUAAGCACUUGCUACAUUAUUGUGUGGAUAUUCAACAUUUAAAAACUUAUUUGCAUUAACGUGUGUAGAAUUAUAUUAUGUGUUCAUCUUACAGUGUACAUACUACUUGUGUAUAAUCCUAUCCAAAAGAGAUAAUUUUUGUUCGAAAUGUGCAGGUUGAAGGCAUUUUACCCAGAUAUAUUCUAACUACAUAAAUUAUUUGAAAAACAAUAUACUAGUAGCAAGUGUUCUUUAUGAUUAAAACUGACUAAUUCUUUACCCAUCGACAUUGAAUCCACGCUUUUCUAUUUCCCCCAUAGAUUUUUUAAUUCCCCCAGAUUUCAUUGAGCGCUCCACGAAAGGUAAACGUGAUUGGUUAGAGUGAUAGAUCAUAUAUAUGUAUAUCACAAUUAUAUGUAUUUAUUAUUUACAGAUACAAAAUAAAGUAGACAAAUAUUAA